AUGGUCGGGUUUGCGUAUUUUCGGAUCUGUUUUUUUUCUGACGAAGUUUGUUGGAUCUCCGUGAAAUACGAUCGAAAAGGUGAAAUGACGAAGAUCCUUCUUUUGGAUCGUUGUCCCUAUCAAUAUCUUGCAUGCAAUUUAGUCGUCUCGAUUUUCGUACUGUUCUCUGUUUUUGUUAUAUUGCUCCCUUUCAGAUCGGUCUAUAAAUGUGCAUUGUCUUGUUGGAAGACGCUCCCUCAUAGUCAAAAGAGAAGUUUCCUCCCAGUACAUAGUCUUACUCUUACGUUCGUUCACAUUUCUUAUAAUGUUUUUUCUGUGAGAUAUAAUGCAUUGCUAGAUUUUCUCCUUGACAGAAUUUGUCAUUAAUCUUCCUUCCAAGAUUGAGAAUGAGAGCAUCAUGUAAAGGAAUUACGCUCGGUUUUUCUUUCCCGAGUCCUUUGAUUCUUUUCAAAUGUCCAUUAACGUGUUUGGCAGGAAAUGGGAACUGUGAACACUUCUGAACUAAUUUCCAAGCCAUUACCGUAUUGUAUGGAUUCACAAUGUUGCUUCGUGAAAUUCUAUUCUUUUAUUGGUAAAUAGAUGAUAAUAUACAUGAGAAAUUGUGCUUGCACAUUUCCAUCAACAUUAUUAUGACUAACAUAAUGCUCAGGAAAAAGAUUUCGGACGUCCGUAAUUAAUCUAGGGAGAAUCUGUUGUAAUGGGUAGUGGUUCGCUUAUGCUAUUCCUUAAACUUGAAAAAAAACAAUGCUAAACUCUCUCCAAAGAGUGCAUGCAUCAUCAACCUCAUCUCAUCAGCAAUGAUUUUACCUCGAAGUUUCUUGCGGGAAAAUGUGUCCGUUCGCUGGUGGAGUCAACCCGCAUGUCCACCCACUUUUAGUGAUCUACUUAUAAUUUUUUAAUCAUUUGAGUUUUCUUCCAUGCCUCUUGUAAAGGAAGGUUCAUUAUGCUCUCGUGUGACCCUUUUGAUUGGCUCUAGCUUUGCCUCUUGAACACGCAUGAAACAGUUUUGAGCUUCUUCUUGGGAAUUUCUGUAGAAAAUUUUAAAAAAAGUAUUGAACGACUUACCCAAUGAUUAACAUUUAUUUCCAAAUAACUAUGAAUGUUGCAAUGGGUUUUUGAUUUCUCAUGCUUCAGAUGGAUCCAGACGCCUGUCUUGAUCUUUCUUUUUUUUUAACCCAUCGUAAUUCUGUUUGACUUAACGGUUAACAUUGCUGGGUCAUAACGAAUCGACGUUGACAAUGGGCAGACGACUUCGAGGCGCCUUGCAGACAGGAAAAUAGCCAAAUUUCAGAAGAAUAUCACAAAAAGGGGCUCUGUUGCGGAAACAACAGCGAAGAAAGGAAAUGGAUACCCUGUUGGGCCGAUAGCACUCGGCUUCUUCGUCUUUGUGGUGAUCGGAUCAUGUACGUACCCCCACCUCCAUCUCCCUUUCUGCUAUUUAUUACCCAAAAAAGAAAAGAGCUCCGUUCUAGGAUAUGGCGAUUAGAGUUUUGAUGGUUCUGAAAAUGUCAGAGUAGGAUGAAUGGCAAGGGAGAGGUGGCAGAACCUGAAGCAGGGGUAGAGUGAGAAAGAAAAGGAUGAGGAAGAGAGAGAAGCGAUAAAUCGGUGAAAUAGUAAAAAUUCAAACUUUUGUUUGAAUGUUAGAGCAAUUAAACUCAGUGGUUGUUUCUAAUCAUCGAUUCACCCAGGAAGGACAGACCUUUUAUCCUAAUUUUGGUUCAUCGAUGGGAUUUUUUUGGAUAAUUAAUCCCAAAUAAACAUAAUUGCGAUGCAGUUUGCCAUAAUUUUAUUUGAUCGAUGAACAAUUGCUUACCAUGUCAGAAUAUUUUCUCAUCAAGUGAGAAGAAGAAAAAAAAACUCUCAAUUUUAAUUACAUGGAUUUAUCGGGUGGCCUACCACAUAAUUUAGACACAAUCAGGUGUAGUAUCUUGCAUUUCUUAACCUAUUAAUUGCAUCAGAUGGAGAAUGAUUAGAGAAUUUGGAGAAUAAUUGGAGUUUAUUAGUGGAGAUAAUCGCAUGAUCAGCAGAUCAAUCGUAUUUUAUCAAUUGGGCAUUUUCAUUUAGUCAACUGAUCCGAUUCAGACAAAAUAGUCCAACCCUAUCCAUCCAACCGCCAAACUCGCCCGUCUUGUCUGAUCAAGAACGGCAGUGCCCUUUCUUCUCUCUGCCCUAGUCUCUGAACUAUGUUUACUCCUCUCCAUCCCCUUUCUCUCUCUAGUUUCUGUGUUCUUACGUUUAUUUCCAUGGAAAUCUGCGAUUUUCUCCGCCCAUACCCUCCGCAUUGGUCGCACGUCUGACUUUUCCCCUGUUUUAUUGUUGCCCCGCAGCCCUGUUUCAGAUUAUCCGGACGGCAACCAGCGGCGGGAUGGCCUGA